UAAGUAUACACGUGGAAAGUUCAAAUUCAACGAAUCUGAUUCACCACUGGUCCACCGUCCACCUCCACCGCUACAAUAAAUAUCUCACGCUUUUCACUUUGUCGCUCUCUCUUCAGCUUCGGAGCUUCUCUUUAGAUCUGAUCCGAGCAACAAGGUUUUUGAGUUCUUUUUAUAAGAUCUGGGAGAGCAUGGGCCGAGGAGUUAGCAGCGGUGGAGGACAGAGUUCAUUGGGCUAUCUGUUUGGGAGUGGAGAGGCUCCUAAACCAGCUGCAACUAAUGCUGAAACUGCUCCAAGUGAAGUGCAGGCUGUGAAUAAUGCACCUGCCUCCAAACCUGCUACUGCUUCUCCACCAGUUCCAGUAGAUGUUGCCAAGCAGGUUCCUGCUGGUAUCAACAGUACUUCUUCAAAUAACUAUAUGCGGGCAGAUGGUCAAAACACUGGGAACUUCAUCACGGAUCGACCCUCUACUAAGGUUCAUGCUGCCCCAGGCGGUGGAUCUUCUUUGGGUUACCUCUUUGGUGGUGGGCCUGGUGGUAGUGGUAACUGAUAUAUGGCAUCCUAUGGGGCCAGAUGGAAUUAAUGUUUGUUGAUUUUUGUGGAACCUGUGCUUCAGAUGAGGCAAUGGAAACUUGCUGGAUCAUGUGAUGUAAUAUAUUGGUUUUGUGGUUGUUGUUUGGAUAAUUCAAUCAAGAGCUGUUUCAAAUGCACCAAGUUACAUUAUACUGCAUAAUAGUUUCUUACCAUGUGUUUUAAGGAGAAUUUUAUGUUUGACUGGAUGAUUUUUGUUCA